GCCACAUUUUGCCAACUUCGUUUUUGUUGUGAAAGGGAUUUUGGUUCCGUGCUCUUUAUUGUACUAAAUGUGUUCACGUCAGCAAAAAUUGUAACUUUUUGAAGUGUCGGGUUCUAGUAACCACUGUCACCAUAUUUAAUUUGUUAAUUUUAUAAAAAAAAAUUCUCGAAGUAUGGCAAAAGUACAAAUAAACAACGUUGUGGUACUCGACAACCCGUCUCCAUUUUUCAAUCCAUUCCAGUUUGAAAUUACGUUCGAAUGUAGCGAUAAUCUCGAGGAAGAUUUGGAAUGGAAAAUAAUUUAUGUUGGUUCAGCUGAAAGUGAAGAUCAUGAUCAAGUAUUGGAUACAGUAUUAGUUGGUCCCAUAGCUGCUGGAAGACACAUGUUUGUAUUUCAGGCAGAGCCUGCAAAUACAUCCAAGAUACCAUUGGCUGAUGCUGUUGGUGUUACUGUUGUGCUGCUUACUGGUUCCUAUAGAGGCAAUGAAUUUGUUAGAGUUGGUUACUAUGUCAACAAUGAAUACACUGAUCCAGAGCUGAGGGAGACUCCCCCUGGAGUACCAUUAUUUGAAAAGAUGACAAGAAAUAUCCUGGCUACAAGUCCUCGUGUGACGAGAUUCAAAAUAGACUGGGAUGAGAACCCAACAUCUGAUGAAAACAAAGCACCAGCGCCCCCACCAUAUUUGGCAUCUAUGCCGCCAUUAGACCCAUCACAGAUUCCAUCAGUUGUAUCGCAAUCAUCAGGCUGUGUGGAAAAAUGCCUUACAGAUAUUACAAUGGACAGUAACAGUACUUGUAGUACAGCUGACAAUGAACUGAAAAUGACACAUUAGUCUCCGAGAUUUGUCACUCUCUAUAGGUGAAACCAGCUUCAAGCAACUGUCCUGACAAAGUAGUCUGUUUUCCACGGGAAAUGAAAAGUUUGGGCUUCUCCGUUCUCUCAACUGACAAUUGCUCCACAUAUCUAGCUCCUUCAAUAGUCUAUUCAAUUCUAACAACAGUCUAUUGUUUUUAGCAUCCAACUUCUAAGAAAAACAUUGAUGGCCAUCUUGUAUAUUUAUAUUAUGAGUUAUGAUUUUAAGAUAGGUGUCUAUCCAGUCACAUAUCAUUUUAUUUAGCCGUCAUUUCAAACUAGACAUCAGAAAGGAAACAAGGUUAAAAACGGGCACCACUUACAGUAUAAGAUUUUACAGUCUACACAAAAAUAUAUAUUAUUAAAAUACUGUACAAUAUUCAAAGUGUCUACAAUAAUUUAGUUGCAAAGAGCCCUGGAAAUUAAUAUUUAGUUGCAAAAUGCAUCGAAAAUUAUACCCACUUUUAAUAGCAUGAACUAUCAACUCUUGCCAUGGUCACCGUCACUCACCGACAGAUGUUUUUUUCAGGAUAAAUAUUUCACAUUUAGUCAUGAAUGUGUCAAAUGAUUUGAUUUAUUAAUAAAUUUUUAUAAGUGAAUCAAGUUCCUUCAUGUUAUAUAAUUUUCCUGAAUAUUGGCAGAUGUUGAGAAAGUAAUACAGAAGUGAUUUUCACAAUUAUGGAAGUUGAAAUGUCCUUUGGCAUCAAUAUUGGUGAAAAAACAGCUAGAUUAUCUACUGUUUACUUUGUUAUUGCAAGACUAGCUACUCAGACAUACAUGUAUACUGCUGAUUCAUGCAUGUACCAGCCACAGUCAUCACUUUAUGAAUGUCAGUUAUUAAUACAGUAUUUGCUCUAUUAAAAGUGCAUGCGUUUUAUACUUGUAACAUAUUUUGACUAUCAACAUGUCAUACGUGCACAUGCCCUACUAAUAGAGCAAAUACAAUUUGGUAAUGUCAUUGAUUUGUGUGCUCUGAUUGAUCCAUCACCAAUUCCAGGCAUGGGUGGAUUUUAUUGGCAAGACACCACUUGUUACUAUCUUGAUUUCUUUGUAUGUUGCCCACCAUAUACAUGCCCUGAAAUGAAAAUAUGGUCACAAAUUUGUAUUGCUCCUGUGUAUGUGAAUAAACGAUAUGUUUCUUG